AAGCCGCGCGGAGCCCGAAAACAAAGAGUGCGCAGGCGCGGCGGCCGGGCCCGGGCAUUUUGCUGCGUCACCAGCCGCCGCCCGGCCUCACCACCCCUCGCACGCACGCACGCUCCUUCUUCGUCCUCGCGCCCCUCUUCCGACACUUUCCUCCUCUCCCGGCCUGAGGGAGCCGCUCUCCGCGCGGUGCAUUCUGGGCAUCGAGGUCGAGCCCGCCGUCGCCGCCGUCGCCUUAGGGGAGCGAGAAGAGGCCGCGACCGGGCAGAAGACGCCGGAGAGGAGUCGACUCGCCACCCGCCGCCGCCAGUGAGGCCCGCCCACCCGUUCGCCUGGCCCCCUGCCCCGUUCACCAUGCAGCCUGCUUCUGCAAAGUGGUACGAUCGAAGGGACUAUGUAUUCAUUGAAUUUUGUGUUGAAGACAGUAAAGAUGUUAAUGUAAAUUUUGAAAAAUCCAAACUUACUUUCAGUUGUCUUGGAGGAAGUGAUAAUUUUAAGCAUUUAAAUGAAAUUGAUCUUUUUCACUGUAUUGAUCCAAAUGACUCCAAGCAUAAAAGAACGGACAGAUCAAUUUUAUGUUGUUUGCGGAAAGGAGAAUCUGGCCAAUCGUGGCCUAGGUUAACAAAGGAGAGGGCAAAGCUUAACUGGCUUAGUGUGGACUUCAACAAUUGGAAAGAUUGGGAGGAUGAUUCAGAUGAAGACAUGUCCAAUUUUGACCGUUUUUCUGAGAUGAUGGAUCACAUGGGUGGCGAUGAGGAUGUAGAUUUACCAGAAGUAGAUGGAGCAGAUGAUGAUUCACAAGACAGUGACGAUGAAAAAAUGCCAGAUCUGGAGUAAGGAAUGUUGUCAUCGCCUGGAUUUUGAGAAAGAAAAAUAACUUCUGCAAGAUUUCAUAAUUGAGAAAAUUCCUGAGUUCAUAGCUCUAAAGGCAGAUGCUGUAUUUGCCUCCUUUAACCCAUUUUUCAACCUGUUUUUUUUUUUUUUUAAUUUUUUUUUUUUUAAAGGCUUCACUAAGGGUUGAUAAUGUACCAUUGUAUGGGGCAAUUUAAGUCAGGUAAGGCAAUAUCCUUAUGCAUGAACAUUUCCCAGGAUUCCAUGAAGCAGUUGAGAUCCUAGGCAACUGAUACAACAGCUCUGAUGAAUAAACACAUUUCACCUAA